AUGCUGCUGCUGCUGCUGCUGAUGCUGAUGCUGAUGCUGGCGAUGAGCGACCGCAGCGUCCGAGAUGGGACCUCUAUCAUAAUCCCGCCGUUUCCCCAUUACACUAUUCCUUCCUGCGUCUGGAAAAAGAUUCUUCGGACCAAGCCAGUGGAGUCCAUGUUGGAUUCAGCCAUGACUGGCACGGGCCCCCAUGGGACCAAGCUGGCGCGGGUGCUGUCCACGGUGGACCUGGUGUCCCUGGGUGUGGGCAGCUGUGUGGGAACCGGCAUGUACGUGGUAUCAGGACUGGUGGCCAAGGAGAUGGCCGGGCCGGGGGUCAUAGUGUCCUUCAUCAUUGCGGCUGUGGCCUCCAUACUGUCAGGAGUGUGUUAUGCAGAGUUCGGGGUACGCGUGCCUAAGACCACCGGCUCUGCCUACACUUACAGCUACGUGACGGUGGGCGAGUGUGUGGCCUUCUUCAUCGGCUGGAACCUGAUCUUGGAGUAUCUGAUCGGCACGGCGGCCGGGGCCUCAGCUCUCAGCAGCAUGGCCGACUCGCUGGCCAAUCACAGCAUCAGUAACUUUAUGAUCACACAUGUUGGGACGCUGCAUGGACUGGGUAAAGGUGAGCAGUCCUACCCUGACGUCGUCGCGCUCUUCAUCGCUCUGCUUGUGACCGUUAUCGUGGCGUUGGGCGUGAAAAACUCGGUGGGCAUGAACAACGCUCUGAACGUGAUCAACCUGGUGGUGUGGGUCUUCAUGAUGAUCGCGGGCCUCUUCUUCGUCAACGGAGAGAACUGGGAGGGCGGCCGCUUCCUGCCUUUCGGGUGGUCUGGGGUGAUGCAAGGGGCAGCCACCUGUUUCUACGCCUUUAUUGGCUUUGACAUCAUCGCCACGACGGGAGAAGAGGCGAAGAGUCCCAACACGUCGAUCCCGUACGCCAUCACGGCCUCGCUCAUCACCUGCCUCACCGCCUAUGUGUCUGUGUCUGUGAUCCUGACCCUCAUGGUGCCCUACGGUGAGAUCGACGCAGACGCCCCUCUCAUGGAGAUGUUUGCACUGCAUGGCUGUAUGUUUGCCAAGUACGUGGUGGCGGCGGGCUCCAUCGCAGGGCUGACCGUGUCCCUGCUGGGCUCACUGUUCCCCAUGCCCCGGGUCAUCUACGCCAUGGCAGGAGACGGGCUGCUCUUCAAGUUCCUGGCUAACGUCUCUUCGUACACGGAGACUCCGGCUCUGGCCUGUGUGGUGUCGGGCUUCCUGGCCGCUCUGCUCUCUCUGCUGGUCAGCCUCAGAGACCUCAUAGAGAUGAUGUCCAUAGGAACGCUGCUGGCCUACACUCUCGUGAGCCUCUGUGUUCUGCUGUUGCGUUACCAACCCGAAGGCGACAUUCACGGCUUCGUCAACUUCCUGUCUGAAGAGCAGAACAAAAAACGCAAGGAGGGAGUUCUGGCCGAAUGCGAGAAAGACGCCUGCUCACCCACCUCCGAAGCCGAGGAGUACGGAGGAGCGUCCACCAACACCUGCGGUGCCAAAAACCUGCCUUCCCUGGGCGACAACGAGAUGCUGAUCGGCAAACCGGAUAAAAACGCCUAUAACGCCAACCACCCCAACUACGGCACUGUGGACAUGACCACCGGGAUCGAGUCAGAGGAGACAGAGACGGGAGUGUCCAGGAGGCUGAAGAAGCUGAUCGGCCCGCGAUACUACACCUUGCGGAUCCGGCUGGGGUUACCGGGGAAGAUGGACCGUCCCACUCAAAGCACCGGGAAAACUGUCACUAUCUGCGUGCUGCUGCUGUUUAUCUUCAUCUUCGCUUUUUGUUCUUUUAUCAUUUUUGGAGCCAGCAGUAUCGCAGACGGCAGCUGGUGGGCCUUGCUGCUUCUGGUGCUCUUCAUCUUGAUAUUAACCAUCCUCAUCAUCAUCAUCCUUCAGCAGCCGGAGAACCCUAAACGCCUGCCCUACAUGGCCCCCUGCGUCCCCUUCGUCCCUGCGUCAGCCAUGCUGGUCAACAUCUACCUCAUGCUCAAGCUCUCGGCCAUCACCUGGAUCCGAUUCUCCAUCUGGUGUUUUGUCGGAAUCCUCAUCUAUUUUGGCUACGGCAUGUGGCACAGCACCCUGGAAAUCACGGCCCGUGAGAACGAAGCCCAUGCCUCCACGUACCAGCGCUACGACCAGGGAGUGGACGAGGGCUUCUGCGGCUUCGAUGACGACUUCUACCCCCCCGCCCCGGGAGACUCGUGGGACACCCAGCAGGGGGGGCAGCAGAGCCAGAGUAAGCCCCAAAGUGACGGGACAAAAGCUGGAGGCAGGACCAUAGCCAAUCAUGGGCUCGCUGAAGAAGACCCCAUGGAUUUCUGA